CAGCUGCUUCCAGUCUCUUUCUGUCAGCAGGAGCUGGAGGAGAGAUCAGUUCACCAGCGCGCUCCUGAAGUGAGGAACCCGACGAGCAUUUCCAGGAGAGAAAUUAUUAUUAUUAUUACUUUCACCACCAUUUCAGCGAGAAUUUAAAAAAUAUGAGCUUUUGUUCUCUGUGUAUCUGGUGCAAUACUUCAGAAUGCUGAAGUUGGUUUGAGGAACUUUGUUUUGGGGAGAUUUUACGCGCAAGAGUCUCCAGCUCUUUAGAAGACCUCCGCAUGCCCUUAGUGAAUUAUAAAUAGCGUCGUCUCUCAAUUGUGUAUUUUUUUGUUAUCACCAAAAACAUGUUUUCCUACGAGAUGUUCAUCUGCGUCCUGGCCAUCGCCUGUCUCCUGGAGAUCCCCCGAGGCACCGCGGCCGCGUCCUGCGAGCCCAUCCGCAUCCCCAUGUGCAGGACCAUGCCGUGGAACAUGACCAAGAUGCCCAACCACCUCCAUCACAGCACGCAGGCCAACGCCGUGCUCGCCAUCGAGCAGUUCGAGGGGCUCCUGGGUACCCAGUGCAGCCCGGACCUGCUGUUCUUCCUCUGCGCCAUGUACGCGCCCAUAUGCACCAUCGACUUCCAGCACGACCCCAUCAAGCCCUGCAAGUCCGUGUGCGAGCGGGCCAAGUGCGGAUGCGAGCCGGUCAUGAAGAAGUAUAACCAUACGUGGCCGGAGAGUCUGGCCUGCGAGGAGCUGCCCGUCUACGACCGAGGAGUCUGCAUCUCACCCGAGGCUAUAGUUAAGGCGGAGGGGCCAGAUAAUCCUUACUAUCAAGACCCUUCAAAAUGUAACCCUGAAGGAAAUCCAGACUUCCCAAUGGAUUCACAUAAUGUCAACUGCAAAGCAGCUAAUGAUCGGUGCAAAUGCAAGUCUGUGAAACUUGUUCAAAAGACAUAUUCAAAGAACAAUUACAAUUAUGUCAUCCGGGCAAGAGUGAAAGAGAUCAAGACUAGAAAUCAUGACCUGAGCGCCAUCGUGGAGGUCAUAGACGUCCUGAAGUCUUCUCUGGUCAACAUCCCUCGGGACACCAUCACUCUUUAUUAUAACUCUGGGUGCCUGUGUCCUCCGCUAGUAGCCAAUGAGGAAUAUAUCAUCAUGGGUUAUGAAAACAAGGAAAGGUCCAGACUGCUGCUCCUUGAUGGAUCCAUUGCACAGAAGUGGAAAGACAAAAUGGGCCGGAAAGUGAAGCGCUGGGACCGUGAGCGGGACCGAGCAAACCCAGGCGGGAGUAAUACGAGACAGAGCCGCCGCUAACUUUCCUUAGAAAAACCACACGGACAAGCCGAGGAGGAGAGGGGGUUCAAAAACUGAAAAAUUGCACUAUUGUACUUUUGUUUGUUUGUUUUUCAUUUUUUGGCUAAGACAUUUUUUUUUUUAGUUGUUGCUUUAUGUUUUAUUGUUGUUAUAUUCUCAUAAACAAAAUGUUGCCUUUGCACAAACAAAAUGUUGUUUUGACAUUGCUUUGUAUACUUGUUGGGAAAGGGUGGCGAGUGUCGGGCAGCGUUUGCCCAUCAAAGAGAGAAGGAAUGAACGGGAGGGAGGAGUAUUUUUCUAGCGGCGUUGAGGUGGAGAGCCACGGAGAUGCCAGUGUGCUUUGACAUGACGCAGCACUCCAUUGAGCUCUCUGCGCACAAAAGCAACAAACGUGCUCUCAUCACAAACUGCAGCUGCGAAUAACC